AUGCUGUCGCGGCCUAAGCCCGGAGAGUCAGAAGAUGAUCUCUUAAAGUUCCAGAGUCAGUUUCUUGCUGCUGGUGGUUCUGCAGCUGCAAAGGUCAUGAGAAAAGCUGAUAAGAGGAAAGGGGCUGAGGAUACAAGCAAAGAGGCUAGCGGAGGAACGGAGGGGAGAGACGUUGUGUCUAUCGAAGAUUUCCCUGACUUGCCUCCAAUUCUAACACCAGGACCAUCCAAAAAGUCAAAAGUUGCUGGAACACGAGUUCGUUUUGCUUUAGAAGAUCCAGAAGAUAUAUUGGAAAAACAUGACCAACAUGUCACUACAGUUAUCUCAAAAAUUAUUGAACGGGACACAAGUACUGCCAUCAUCACAGCACCUGUUCCUACAGGAGAGCCCUUUCCUCGGGUCUUCCACAGAUCAGAGAUACCUAGUGCGGCUACACCAGGAACUGGGAAAGUCAGCAUCUUUGCUCAGAAAAUGGCUGCUAAAAGGGCUGCUGAAGCUGCAAAAAAAGCAGAAUUGUCUUCACUUGUCCCCCAGCCAGAACACUUUGUCAGUCCUGCACUUGUCCUCCCUGAUGAAAGCAAAACUUGCCAUUUGAAAGGUGAAAGCGGCAAAGAAAAGUCCCGUUUGAUUACAGGUGAAGGUCUGCGUAGUUCAGAGGCUCAUGAAGAGGCACAGAGGAUCCAUGAGGAGAAUGUGAAAAAGCUGAAAGCUCUGUCUGAGGAGGAGAUGCAGACAGAACGCGAGCGGCUGCUUUCACAGCUUGACCCCAAAUUGAUUGCAUUCUUGAAGUCAAAGAGUAAAGACCCAAGCACGCAGGGGGAUUUGAGUGCCAGUAACACAACAGGUGGUCUCCAGACUGUCAGCUACGAAUCUUCUGGUUCUGUUGCAAAGACGCAAGAAUCUUCGGAGAUUUCUGAAGAGGAAGAAGAAAAUCAAACUGUUUUGUCAGAUCUUCCAGUGAAGCCUCAAAAGGAAUGGGUACACAUGGAAACAGUGGAGUUUGAGAAACUCGAGUGGAUGAAGGAUCUGCCGCAAACUCGGCAAAAGAAAACAAAAAAGGGUAUGCAGGCUCGAUUCAGUCUAAAGGGAGAUCUGUUACCUCCAGAUAAAGAGAUUCCUACACAUUUGGGUCUACACCACCAUGGAGAGGAGGCAGAGAGAGCUGGUUAUUCGCUUCAGGAACUCUUCCAUCUUUCUCGCAGCCAGUUCAUUCAGCAAAGGACUUUAUCAUUGCAAGUUUUGGGCCGCAUUGUGAAGAAGGCUGAGCAAGGAGAGUUUGCCUCUGUCCUAAAGGGAAGUGUUCUUCGUUUGCUUCUGGAUGCCGGAUUCCUCUUUCUGCUGCGCUUUUCUAUAGAUGAUAACAUAGACAAUGUCAUUUCUGCAUCUGUUAGCGCUUUUCAUGCUUUACUGGUGUCCCCAGAAGAUGAGGAAUACUUGGAUGCUACUUUUUCAUGGUACCAGGGAACAAAGUCAUUCCCUUUCUUGCCUAAUCAAGAGGAGGAGGAAGAAGAGGAUGAGGAUGAAGAAGAGGAUGAGGAUGAAGAUGAGGAUGAAGAAGAAGAAGAGGAUGAAGAAGAAGAAGAGGAUGAGGAUGAAGAAGAAGAAGAAGAAGGUCUCCUGAAGACAAAAUUUCUACAUCGGCUUAGAUAUAUCUUGGAAGUUGUAAGACCGUCGCCUACCGCUGUUCUGAAUAUCCUGGAGAUUCUUACAAGGGUGGCUCGUCACUCUGCAGCAGCCUGCAGCCAGCUUCUGGAUUGUCCACGAUUAAUAGAGACAAUAGUGCGCGAGUUUCUGCCCUUGCAGUGGAGUAUGCCAAUGGAAACCGGAGACGUGGCACCUACUAGUGUCCAUGGUGUGCCUUGUUCAGCUGCUAUGAAGUUUCUAAGAGUGCUAGCAUCUUCUAGCCGACAUUCAGCUGCCAGACUACUGCACACAUUUGAAAUGAAGAGCCACCUGAGCAGAUUUGCUGUGCAGGAACCAAAAGACCUUCUUUUGCUGAGAGAGGAGGCAGAGAAACUGAGUACUGAGACCUUCCGCCUCUGGGCUAUUGCUGCUGGCUAUGGACAAGCUUGUGAUUUAUACAGAGAGCUGUACCCAGCUGUGAUAAGAAUUCUUCAGUCCCUGCCCAGCAUAAUUUCCUCCUGUAAAGGAAACAGUUCCUCUGCAGCCUUCUCCAUCCAGCGUGCGGCUGCUGUAGUUACCCUGCUCAGUCAUGUGACUCAGACAGCGGGCUGCACUGCUGAGCUUGAAGCACAGCUACACAGGUAA